GUCCUUCUUUUCCCUGAGGUCAUUCAAUGUGGAGGACAGGAAGAAGUCGGUUCAGAUGUUGCACAAUGCUCAGAUAUUAGAGUAUCUGUGUUUUUAAUCCCCAGCUGACUUGCUGACCUGCUCUGUAAAGCAGCACCAUGAGCAGCAGAGUGUGCGGGAGAGUCCUGCAGAGGCUGCAGACAGCCGGAUCUCCCCCUGCAGCCUCCUCAGGCAGCUGGAGCUGCAGACUGCAGGCAGGGCCGAGGUGUGAGCCAUGCAGAGGGCUGUCAGUGGCAAGCAGAGGAACCAUGAAUGUGUUCGACAGGACGAUGAAGAGGAGGCAGAAGAACUGGGCGGCAGCUCUGCAGGAAAGCCACCAGUUUGACUACCUGAGAGACGAGGUGGGCAGUCAGGUGGCCGACCGCGUCUACGACAUCGCACGGACGUUUCCUCUCGCGUUGGACAUCGGUGGCGGAAAAAGUCACAUCGCAGAGCAUUUAAGCAAAGAAAUUGUGGAGCGUUUGUUCCUGACAGACAUCUCAGAGACGACUCUGAAACAGAGAAGACAGAGUGAGAUCCCGACACACUGCAUUCUGGCUGAUGAGGAGUUUCUACCUUUUAAAGAAAACACCUUUGACCUGGUGAUGAGCAGCUUGAGUCUGCAUUGGAUUAAUGACCUACCUGGAGCUCUGAAACAGAUCCAUCAGGUGCUGAAGCCGGACGGGGUGUUCAUCGGGGCGAUGGUGGGCGGGGAGACGCUGUACGAGCUGCGAUGUUCCCUCCAGCUGGCCGAGACCGAGAGGGAGGGAGGAUUCUCCCCGCACGUCUCCCCCUACACCGCCGUCACCGACCUGGGCAACCUGCUGGGCCAGGCCGGCUUCAACCUGCUCACUGUGGAUACUGAUGAAGUUCAGGUUCACUAUCCGGGAAUCAUUGAAGUCAUGACCGAUUUACAAGGUAUGGGUGAGAGUAACUGUGCUUGGAACCGGAGGUCACUGCUGCACAGAGACACCAUAUUAGCAGCAGCAGCUAUUUAUAAAGAGAUGUAUGGUAACGAGGACGGCUCCAUACCUGCCACCUUUGAGAUCCUCUACAUGAUUGGCUGGAAGCCUCAUGACUCACAGGCCAAACCAGCAAAGCGAGGCUCAGCCAACGUGUCAUUUGGGGAUUUGUCAAAGAUCAGCCAGCCAACCAACACAGACAAGUCAUAGAACCUUCUGAGCCACUGAACAGCUGACAUAAUGAAGAUUGUAAAUACUAUAUUUUAUUUAAACCCCACUGUUUUGUAGCCAGAUUAAGUAUAGAUGUGUUGUAAUAAUUCUCUGGAAAUAAAGUUGAGCAAAGAAG